AUGGAACACUUUGUGUGUGACCCUGCCACCGGUUGCGCACUCGAAACAGUGAUUGGCCAGCGCAAAUUGGUCACAUGUGAGCAGUUCGCCAGGAACAAUGUGGCCGGCGUGAAAGCUGCCAUCGCACGCACCGCUCUUGUUUGGCCGUCUUACAGUGAGAAUCCGCGAAAGCUGCUCGGUCGAUUUACGACCGUUGUCACCGAAGAUCGAUUAAGUGGGGCGGGCGACUGA